UACUGUAGUAAAAGUAGUAAAAAUAAUGAGCAUCAACUCUUAAUGUGCAUCUGUGUCUUCUUGUGUUAAGGUGAGGAUCCCAAUGUUUAAACCUCAGCUGAUUAUUUCUACUGAACAAUUUCAGGCAUUCAGGGACACUCUUCUGAAGAAGUCUGUCCAGAUCCUCCUACGGGCGACCAUGGUGAAGAGAGUGGCCAUCAUUGGAGCUGGCGUCAGUGGCUUGGCCUCCAUACGUUGUUGUCUGGAAGAGGGGCUGGAGCCUACCUGCUUUGAAAGGAGCAAUGAUGUUGGAGGACUGUGGCAAUUCUCAGACCACACAGAAGAAGGCAGAGCCAGCAUUUACCAGUCUGUAUUCACCAACUCUUCCAAAGAGAUGAUGUGCUUUCCAGACUUCCCGUACCCUGAUGACUACCCCAGCUACAUGCACCAGAGUAAGCUCCAGGAAUACAUAAAGACAUUCGCUCUAAAGAAGAAUUUGUUAAGAUACAUACAGUUUGAGACCCUGGUUUCCAGUAUAAAGAAAUGCCCCAGCUUCUUAGUCACUGGUCAAUGGGAAAUUGUUUCUGAAAAGGAUGGGAAGCAGGAGUCUGCCAUUUUUGAUGCUGUAAUGAUUUGUUCCGGACAUCACGUGUACCCCAACCUACCAACAGAUUCCUUUCCUGGCCUAGACCAGUUUCAAGGCCGCUACCUCCACAGCCGGGACUACAAGGGCCCAGGCGGGUUCCAGGGGAAGAGGGUCCUCGUGAUCGGCCUGGGGAACUCAGGAUGUGACAUUGCUGUUGAGCUCAGUCGUCUGGCUGCACAGGUCAUUAUCAGCACCAGAAGUGGUUCCUGGGUCAUGAGUCGGGUUUGGGAUGAUGGCUAUCCUUGGGACAUGGUGUAUGUUACCCGCUUUGCAUCCUUUCUCCGGAAUGCCCUUCCUUCAUUUGUCUCUGACUGGUUAUACGUCAAGAAGAUGAACACAUGGUUUAAGCAUGAGAACUACGGCCUGAUGCCUUUAAAUGGCACCCUGAGGAAAGAGCCUGUGUUCAAUGAUGAGCUCCCAUCCCGCAUCCUCUGUGGUACCGUGUCCAUCAAGCCCAGCGUGAAGGAGUUCACAGAGACUUCGGCCAUUUUUGAGAAUGGGACUAUGUUUGAGGCCAUUGACUUUGUCAUCUUUGCAACAGGCUAUGGCUAUGCCUACCCCUUCCUUGAUGACUCCAUCAUCAAAAGCAGAAACAAUGAGGUCACCUUGUAUAAAGGCAUCUUCCCCCCGCUGAUGGAGAAGCCAACCUUGGCAGUGAUUGGCCUUGUCCAGUCCCUGGGGGCUGCCAUCCCCACAGCUGACCUGCAGGCCCGCUGGGCAGUUAAAGUGUUUUCAAACUCAUGUACCCUACCAACUACAAAUGAAAUGAUGGAUGACAUUGAUGAGAAAAUGGGGAAGAAACUCAAGUGGUUCGGCCAGAGCCAGACUUUGCAGACAGAUUACAUUACAUACAUGGAUGAGCUAGGCUCCUUCAUAGGGGCCAAGCCUAACAUACCGCGGCUCUUCCUGACUGAUCCCCAGCUGGCCCUGGAAGUGUACUUUGGUCCUUGUAGCCCAUACCAGUUUCGACUGAUGGGACCAGGGAAGUGGGAUGGGGCCAGAAAUGCCAUCCUGACCCAGUGGGACAGGACAGUAAAGCCAACCAGGACAAGAGCUGUUGGUGAAGCUAAGAGACCACAGCCCUUCUACAAUUUGCUAAAAAUGCUUUUAUUGCCAGUGCUUGUUCUGACUGUUUUGCUUACAUUUUAUUAAUUAGGAAGUUCUUUGGGUCUCACAGUUCAGCCUAGAAGUUCAAUUGCAAAUGUGUGAGUGUGUGUGUGUGUGUGUGUAUAAUCUCAUAGCUGCUCUUUCCCUUCCUGCAGAUGUAAAAAUGAAUCCUGGCCCAUUUGGAUCAAAGCCUAAAUAAAAUGGAAAAUACUCAGUCUCUCCUUUUCUGAUAAGAAUCUGUACUCUAAAAGGAUUUUCAUGUACUGAAUUGGCAAAAUUGGAGAUGCUCAAGAGGGUAAAUGAGAGUGAGCACAGAUUUGCAGGCUGAACAAAGUUUAAUAAACUUUUUAAAGUGUGUUUUGUCAUGGGGAGAAGUGAAAUCACGAUAUUGAGUCUUCCAAACCAUAACCCAUAUAUCUCUCCAUUUAUUUAGAUCUUCAAUUUCUCUCAUCAGUGUUAUAAAGUAUUUAGUAUACAGGUCUUACCCAUCUUAUCUCAGAUUUAUCCUAAGUAGCAUACGUUUUUUAAUGU